GGGUUAUAUUAUUCUUGUAGACCAAAUAAAAGCGGUCUAACCAACACCAAUUCUGCAAAUCACAAUUUCCUGCUCGCCUCCCUCCUGUUUUGCUUUGCUUCUCCAAGCAUCUUUCAGCGAUCUAAUAAAGAUCUCCGAUAACAGGCUCUCAAUGGAAACGAAGCAACCUGAAAGAGAAGAACUGUCGCCACUGCAAGCUGUUUUUGUUGGGGCUCUCGCGCCAGGCGUCAAUGCUCCAACUUGGAAUACUUUGAAGGUUGCAUUCCUGAUGCUGGCAGUGUGUCUAGCUGCAAUGUUGGGAUUGGCUUUCUCUUCAAGUGACUAUAUGUUGACUCUCCAUGUGACUUUCCUUGUUUUUAUAACUGGGAGCCUUUUCUGUCUGCUUUGCAGGUUUCUUGCCGAGACUGGUUUGGUUUCCCCUGAACAUCAAAUGCAGGAAAUAGGCUUAGCGCCCAAAGAUGAUGCAGAUAAAUACAAGAGCAGUUGAAGCUUUUUGAGUUUGAAAUGUUGAAGACAAACUCUUGUGAAAGAAAAUAGAGUAGGUGCAAGACUACUACAAGCA